AUGACAGACAGAAAACCAAUCCAACGGGCCGGCUGUGAAGUAAGCUGUGAUAAGGAAGACACUGAGCAGAGAAAUGUCGGUGACACAGAUCCAGGAGAGGAGGAGAAGUCCAUGUGUGCGACAGGCAAUUCAAAAGUGAAGAUCCCGUCUCUGCAGGAGCUAGAGGAGGUUUUACAUUCAGCUCCACGCUCCUGCAGACACGGAGAUGAGGUUUGGCCAAACCUGUAUCUGGGAGACAUGUUCAUGUCUCACGAUAAACUGGGGCUUUGGCAGCUGGGUGUCACUCAUGUGCUGAAUGCAGCACACGGGAAACUGUGCUGUAAAGGCAGCGACGAUUUUUAUGGAACCACCGUGAAAUACUGCGGCGUCCCCGCCAACGACCUGCCAACAUUCGAUAUUUCACCAUUUUUCUAUCCUGCUGCUGAGUUCAUUCACCAGGCUUUGACGUCAGGAGGAAAGGUGUUUGUGCACUGUGCUGUAGGUGUGAGUCGCUCGGCUGCGUUGGUCCUUGCGUAUCUGAUGAUUCAUCACAACCUCAGUCUUCUGUCAUCUGCACGCUGCGUGCUACAGAAACGCUGGAUUUUCCCAAACAGAGGCUUCCUGCGACAAUUGAUAGCUCUGGACCGAGAACUGCAGGAUGCAAGGCAGAAUGAGCUGAAGUAA